CUUCCAAAAUGAAGAUUUUGAUAAUGAUUGAUUUUGUCCUUGCAGCUAGCUUGAUGGAUGCCAUUGGCAGCUCUGAUCUACAGAAAUGUUUUCAAGAGCAGAUACAACUUCAGGGCCAGGUGAGGCUUCUGGAGCAUCGUGUGAAACAGCAGCAGUUAAAAAUUAUGCAGCUUUUAGAGAAGAAAGAGAUUCAGUACAGUGACAGAGGAGAUGAAAACAGUGUCAUUGACUUGGGAGGAAAAAGGCAGUAUUCAGAUUGCGCAGAAAUCUACAAUGAUGGCCAUAAGCAAAGUGGAUUUUAUAAGAUGAAACCUAUCCAGAGUCCUACUGAGUUCCUUGCCUUCUGUGACAUGUCUGAAGGAGGUGGUUGGACUGUUUUUCAGAGACGAUCUGAUGGCAGCCAGAAUUUUGAUAGAGUCUGGGCUGACUAUGAAGAAGGCUUUGGAAAUUUUGUUUUGAAAAAUGGUGAAUAUUGGCUUGGAAAUAAAAAUCUUCAUUAUUUGACUAAUCAAGGGAAUUAUACUUUAAGAAUUGAUCUAACUGAUUUUGAAGGAGAACGGCGUUUUGCACAAUAUGCAAGAUUCAGAGUUGCAGGAGAGGAGCAUUCUUAUGAGAUGAGCUGUGGUGAUUACUCUGGUACAGCUGGUGAUUCCCUUACUGGUGGAUUUCAUCCUGAAGUAAAAUGGUGGGCUGAUCAUCGAGGAAUGAAAUUCAGUACUAGAGACAGGGAUAAUGACAACUAUGAAGGUAACUGUGCUGAAGAGGAAAAGGCUGGCUGGUGGUUUAACAGGUGUCACUCUGCCAACCUGAACGGUUUGUACUACAGAGGUCCCUACACUGCCAAGACAGACAACGGGAUUGUUUGGUACUCCUGGCAUGGGUGGUGGUACUCCCUAAAAUCUGUUGUCAUGAAGGUCAGACCAGCAGAUUUUGAACUAAAUAUUGUUUAAGUAUUUUAUUAAGACGAUUCACCUAGUUAAUCUUUUAGGAAAUUAUUCCAAAUUAAAACAGAUAGGCCGAUUUUUGCUUCUCGUCUAUGCAUAUAUAAAUUUGCAAUAAUUCCUCUGCAACUAGUAGUUUUAUGAGAUGUGAGAAGACAGUCUGGCCUAUGAAUCUUUAGAUACAAUACUAAUGCUAAUAUGUGUACAGGGUUUUUUUUAAAAAUGGCAAGCAUUCAUCUAGGAAUAAGGACAUCUUCAUCAAGAUGGAGAAUUUUUUGCUUUACAGUAACUACAAAUCCUUUCACCUUUAAAAACCAACAUUAUUGUUACGGUGUUGACCCAAAAAUGAAAAUUAAUUGUACUUACUGCAGUAAAAAACCUAUUCAAAUAGAAGCAUAAGGUUUCAUCAGUGGAUGAAACAUACUUGCUUUGGAAUGGUUCAAGACUUUAGAAGUGAAUUUCCUGCAAAUUCCUCUAGUGUAUUUGUUGCAUGUGUUGUGUACAUAGCACACACAAAAAGGUAUAAGGAAUGAGGCAGGAAACUGAAGAAAGAGAAGGGAUGCUACCAGGCUAGAAUCAAUUGAAUCCAGCAUAGAGAAGUGGAUUGUCUGUUGUUGCUGAAGCAUUCCUAGGGCUGGUCACAUCAUUUCAAUCUAACAUUUCUAGAUGGUCAGUAAUGAUGCUUUUCGUCUUCUUGGUAACCAUUAUGCCUUUUUUUUAAUAAAAAAAAUAAAGGACUUUAA